CGCUAGAGGUCGCAAUUGAUAUAACUUCCGUUAUUUGGUGGAUUGUGAUUUACAUCGACAUGAGUCAUGACCAUGAUUAAAAACAGAGACCACAUUAACAAGAGAAGAUUAAGAAAGAAAAGCAAGAUAUGACAGUACACACAAGUGUUCUUCUUUUGUUUGUACUCUGGACUCAUGUUCUUCAUGUAUUGACCCAGAGCUACCCAAUCAUCCACCCCAGCCAAAGCAUAGAGGUGGAGGAGGGGCAGAAUCUGGAGGUGCGGUGCAGCAUCGGCACCACAGAGGGGCCACCUAAAGCCCUGUACUGGAGGGGAGUGUGGAAGUCUGAGGAAGAGAUCCAUCAGCAGUGGACAGAUAACUUCACACGAACCCUGGUCCUCAGGAACAUCACAGGAAAAGAUGCUGGCAUCUACCAGUGUUUCUACAACAGCUCCACAGUACAAACAAAGAAAGGGCUAUCCAUCCGAGUUAUUUCAAAAUUGGCAACAGGUGCUCGAUGCCAUAGUAAAGAGUUUCUGUGCGAGACCAGUGGAGUCUGUAUAACUAUGGAGAAACGCUGCGACAAACAGGAAGACUGCACUGAUGGUUCAGAUGAAAGGAACUGCCAGUAUGCUAAAUGCUUGGACAUGUUUAUCUGUCAGAACCAGCACUGUAUCAACAAGACACUGGUCUGUGACAGUCUCCAUAUCAACCACUGCGGGGAUUGGUCUGAUGAAUACUGUCUCAUCACAGACUAUCAGUUCCCCAAAACAGAGGUGAUUAAUGCUACCACCAACCAGCCAAAUGAUGAGACCCAGAUGUCCUGGCUCAAGACAACCGUCUACGCAGUGAUUGGCUGUACGGUCGGCACCGUCCUGUUGAUUUCAGUAAUCGUUAUUAUCGUCUUCAGGUUCAGAAUGAAGAGUUCACUCCGAAGCACGGAGAGGGCCCUCCGACGUUAUCAUAUGACCGUGAACAGUAGAACACAGCAGGACAAUAAUCAGAAUUCAAUAGAAAUGGACCCUUUCUUAUCUUCAUCAGCAACGUAUGGAAACAUCAUUGUAAAUGUGAAUAAUGGUGUACAAUAUAUUCCUAGGAGUGACUUCUCGCCUAUUGGGGUGCCUCCAUCUUAUUCUGAUGUGGAGAGGGAGAUGAAUAUUAAUAGAGGAUCUCCCCCUCCCACAUACAGUACAAUAGAUAGAAACCCUCCCAGGGAGGUUAUAAACUUCAACAAUUACAUUAUACAUGACUCUUCCAUUGCCAGUGCAUGUGCCACUUGCUUGCCAUCUUUAUCUCGAGAUUCUUCCAUUUUAUCAGAAUCAGAACUUUGUGUACAACCAGCUAGACCCGUGAAUAAUUUGUGUAGUGAUCAGCAAACAAGAGUUAUGUCUAACACGUGUAGCGUGUCUGUGCAGACGACUAAUGAUGACUCGGAGGCUGGUGAUGGACAGAGGGCAGCCAUGUCCUGUCGAUGCCAGGCUCUGUCUGUGCAGAAUGGAGAAAUUGUGUUAAGAGAUUCAAACGCUUUAACAGAAGAUCAGGAAUCGGGUCAGUCACAAACCCCUCACACAGAAUGUUCAUCUUGUGUCAGGGUGUGUCAGCUGGAUGUCCAGGGUGGUGCUAUUGUAUUGACCAGUCAACAUUUAAACAGUGACCCAGUGAAUAGAACAUCUGAGGAAGGCCAGGAGGAUAACAGAAAUGAUAGCGGCCUGGUUCCUCCCGAGUCGGGCCCUGCCCUGAUACAAGUGGAGGGGGGAGAGAUCGUACUGAGAGAGAAUCCACCAACAAUAAACUCAUCAUCGCAAGAAACGGGGUAACCCACCAAAACUGUAAAAAUUAGCAAGCCACCAACAAUACCUGCAACAUUUUUAAAAACAGGGGAAGCAACCCACCAAAUUAACUGCAGAAAAGAGAAAGCAACCCUCCAACGAUGAAGAAUAUUUCCUUAGUCACAAAAUUUAGUUGUCAAGGAUAAGUCUGAAACUGACAAAUCACAAAUCAAAAAUGUCACGGAAAAUAGUUGGUUUACAGUAUCUACAGCAACAUUAAAGCAAACAGAGGGAACAAUUCAGGAACUAUAAUUUCUAAAUUACAGUUACGUGAAAUAGAAGAAACAACCCAUAGACAAAUAAUUGAAACAUCUUGUAACAGAUGGAGGCAAGUGUUUCAGCACAGCAUUUUAAUGUUCAGUAUGGUGAAGUACUGAAGUAAAACAUAGACAUGAUAAUUAAUGUGUCUCCUUAAAGCAUUUGUACUGAAAUGUAUAUAAGGUAAAAAAUGGAAAUAAAGAGUUUUUAAAUGGGAUAAAAAUGGAAAUGAUAAUUCUAUUUGAAGAAAAGGUACAUGUAUUUGGAAAUAUUCAAAUGGCUCUUUCAACACUAGUUUUUGAAAAUGCCAUAUAUUUUAGCCACCUGUGAUAUAGCAAAGUCAAAUAAGUAAGUGAAAUAGAUAUUGGUUGUAUGAUAAUACCAGGUAGUGACUUUUGUCAUUGUAUUAUGUUUAUAGUAUCAUGAAUGUAAUUGUUGUUAACUUGUUAGAGAUAUAUGUGUAGUUUAAAUCACAAACAAUUUUCAUUUUUACAAAAUUUGCUGAAAUUUUCAAAGAACAAGUCUGUA